AGUAAAAGACCCGUGUUGGUUCUUCAGAAUGACUCUCUCUACUCUCAGAGACGUCCUUACACCAAUGAAGAUGAGGCCUGGAAAACUUUUCUUGAAAAUCCCCUCACAGCAGCUACCAAAGCUAUGAUGAGCAUCAAUGGGGAUGAAGACAGUGCAGCUGCCCUCGGACUGCUCUAUGAUUACUACAAGGUUCCAAGGGAGAGGAGAUCUUCAACAGCUAAGCCUGAGGUAGAACAUCCUGAACAAGACCAUAGCAAAAGGAACAGCAUCCCAAACGUUUCAGAACAGUCGCUCAUUUCUGCUGGAGAAAACAGAGUCCAGGUUCUGAAAAAUGUGCCUUUCAAUAUUGUCCUUCCACAUACCCCCCAGAUGGGCAUGGACAAGCGGGGCCACCUCACAACCCCCGACACGACGGUGACGGUGUCCAUCGCCACGAUGCCCACGCACUCCAUCAAGACGGAGACGCAGCCGCACGGCUUUGCCGUGGGCGUCCCGCCGGGCGUCUACCACCCCGAGCCGCCCGAGCGCGUGGUGGUCUUCGACAGGAACCUCAACCCCGACCAGUUCAGCUCCAGCGCCCAGCCUCAGAACUCCCAGCGGCGCACGCCGGACUCCACCUUCUCGGAGACUUUCAAGGAGGGGGUGCAAGAGGUUUUCUUUCCUACUGAACUGAAUCUCCGAAUGGCCAACAUGAAUUCAGAAGAUUAUGUUUUUGACAGCAUUUCUGGGAAUAACUUUGAGUACACUCUGGAAGCCUCCAAGUCCCUCCGACAGAAGCCUGGGGACAGCACAAUGACUUACCUGAACAAAGGUCAAUUUUACCCAAUCACCCUGAAAGAAGUCAGCAGCACCGAAGGAAUCCAUCACCCCAUCAGUAAAGUCCGAAGUGUCAUUAUGGUAGUGUUUGCUGAAGACAAAACAAGGGAAGAUCAACUCAGGCACUGGAAAUACUGGCACUCAAGACAGCACACAGCCAAACAAAGAUGCAUUGACAUAGCUGACUACAAGGAGAGCUUCAACACCAUCAGCAACAUUGAGGAGAUUGCCUACAAUGCCAUAUCCUUCACCUGGGACAUCAACGAGGAAGCAAAGGUUUUCAUUUCUGUGAACUGCCUCAGCACAGAUUUUUCCUCUCAGAAGGGAGUUAAAGGUCUUCCCCUGAAUCUUCAGAUUGACACUUACAGCUACAAUAACAGGAGUAACAAACCUGUCCACAGAGCCUACUGCCAAAUUAAAGUCUUCUGUGACAAGGGAGCAGAGAGGAAGAUCAGGGAUGAAGAGCGAAAGCAAAGCAAAAGAAAAGGCAAGUGCACUGAUCCCAGCUCUCAGUUGAAUGCCUUUUCUGAUGUCAAAGUGCCCAUGCUUCCCUCCCACAAGCGUACUGACAUCACCAUCUUCAAGCCCUUCAUGGACCUGGACACUCAGCCUGUCCUGUUCAUCCCUGAUGUUCACUUUGCAAACCUGCAGCGUGGGGCUCACGUCCUUCCUGUUGCUUCAGAAGAACUAGAGGGUGAAAGUUCCAACCUGAAGAGAGGAGGUUAUAUUGGUGAAGAGGACUUUAUUGCUACUCCAAAUAAGAUGGCCAGAAUAGAAGAACCAAAAAGAGUGCUGCUGUAUGUCCGAAAAGAGUCAGAGGAAGUCUUUGAUGCACUGAUGUUAAAGACACCAUCUCUGAAAGGCCUAAUGGAAGCGAUAUCUGACAAGUAUGAAGUUCCUUUUGAUAAAAUAGGAAAAAUCUUCAAAAAAUGUAAAAAAGGAAUUCUGGUCAACAUGGACGAUAACAUUGUGAAACACUAUUCUAAUGAAGAUACCUUCCAGCUGCAGAUUGAAGAGGUUGGAGGAUCUUACAAGCUCACUUUGACUGAGAUCUAAGAUCACAGAUCACUGUGGAUUUUAAACAAAGGUCUCAAGUGAACAUUUUCCCAUAAUUCAGUAUGUUGGGCAAAACACUAAUCACCUCCAGAAGAAAGCCAGAUGUUUGACUUGUUCUGGGGAGCAGAGCAGUGGUUUUGCUUAAUACAUUUGUGUUUGUGUUCUUGCUCAUGACCUUAUUUGCACUUGAAAUGGGCAAGCAAAGAUCAGCAAUUAAAUGGAGAGCAUGUAUAUAUUUUUACUAGUGUAUAAACCACUAGUAGGUAUGGGAGGGGUAAUCUCCUGGAAGGUGGCCUUUUAGACUGGUGAUGUCUUAUUUAUCUAUUCAGUAACCAUGUUUGAGCCUGUUAUCACCUAAUGCCGUUUUACUGGACUGUUUUCUGCUAGGGAGAGCUGCAAAACUACUAAUUGAUACUAGUAGGAGUUGCAUGCAGGUUGGAGAAAAGUCUAUAAUGUUUACUUGUGACCAGGGCAGACUGUUGAAAUCACUUGUGUCAUUUGGGGGGAAUGUAAAACUGCCUUGCUUAUGAAGAACUCGCCUUAGUAACUGUGUGAACUCUCAUCAGAUGAAGCUAUAUUGUAUAUAAGUGCAAUAUAUUUUUGAAGGUUUGUAAAUGUGUACA